UAUUCUCUUGCAGGGGGUCUCAUGUAUAUAAGCACUGGUGGAGGACUAAACUGGUUUAUGGACAGCCAUGGAGAAACUGAAGAUUCUGUUUGCUGUCGUCUUGUCUCUUGGGACGGCCUCAGCAGCUUCUCUGGGCGUUGUACAAACCGAAGGUGGCAGCGUUCAGGGACAAAAUAUCCCCCUCUGUCUUUCCCGCUCCGUAGAUGUUUUCAAAGGAAUUCCCUUUGCUGCCAAGCCUGGAAAAUUUGAGAAACCUAAACCUCAUCCUGGCUGGGAUGGCGUACUGAAGGCAACAAAGUUUGCUAAGAGAUGUCUUCAGAUGAACAUGCGCCAGACAUCAAGUUUUGGUAGUGAAGACUGCCUCCACCUUAACAUCUGGGUUCCUCAUGGCCAACAUGUGUCAUCAGAUCUUCCCGUCAUGAUUUGGUUCUAUGGAGGAGCCUUCAUGUCCGGCGGGUCUAUGGGGCCAAAUUUUCUCAACAACUAUCUGUACAGUGGUCAGGAAAUUGCAGACAAGGGCAGUGUUAUUGUGGUGACCGUGGGAUAUCGUGUGGGAACACUGGGCUUCCUCAGUACAGGGGACUCUCGCUUACCUGGAAACUAUGGUCUGUGGGACCAGCACACCGCCAUCGCCUGGGUGCACAGGAACAUUCGCUCAUUUGGAGGAGACCCUGACAACAUCACCAUCUUUGGAGAGUCUGCAGGUGGAGCUAGUGUCAGCUUCCAGACUCUCUCGCCCCACAACAAAGGGCUGAUCAAGAGGGCCAUCACUCAGAGCGGUGUAGCCCUGUGCCCCUGGGCUCUAUACAAGAACCCACAACAGGUUGCAGAGGAGGUUGCUGUGAAGGUCGGCUGCCCCACUGAUGACAGAAUGGUGGCCUGUCUGAAAUCAACUGAUGCUGUGACUCUCACCAUGGCUGUUCCCAGCCGCCCACAAGGCUCCCCAGACCAUCCUGGUGUGGAAAACAUGCUUCUGUCUGCCGUUGUUGAUGGAGACUUUCUCCCGGAUCAGCCUGCCAACUUGUUCCACAACGCUGCUGACAUCGACUACCUUGCAGGGGUUAAUGACAUGGACGGACACGUGUUCACCUCAAUGGACAUUCCUUCACUUGGUAACAAGAAUGAAGAGACUCCUGUAGAAGAUGUAAAGAGACUCCUUGCUGCUUAUACCAAAGAGAAGGGGCAAGCUGGUUUAGAGAUCGCCUUUGCUGAAUACUCAUCUGACUGGGGAUCAGCACCCAGCCAGAACACCAUUAAGAGAACUGCUGUGGACAUUGGGACUGACUACAUGUUCCUGGUUCCUGCACAGACUACUAUUUAUCUGCAUGCUGCUAAUGCCAGGUCUGGUCGUACCUACUCCUACCUGCUGUCUGAGCCCAGUUUAUUGGCUGGACCAGGCAAACCCUACCAUGACUGGGUGGGAGCUGACCACGCUGAUGACUUGCAGUAUGUGUUUGGCAAACCCUUCACCACACCAAAGGCCUAUGGAGACAGACACAGAGACCUGUCUGGCUAUCUGAUUGCUUACUGGACUAACUUCGCCAGAACUGGAGACCCCAACACCGGGAACCUGAAGGUUCCUGUAACCUGGCCUGAAUUUACCAGCAUUCAACACCAGUUCGUGGACCUUAAUGCUAAGAUGAAUGAGAGCUCCAUUGGGCAGGAAAUAAGGCCGCAGUUUGUUCGUCUUUGGACCAGCACCCUCCCCAGCCUCCCAUCACAUGCUGUCGCAGAUGCCCAGUGAUGGAUGUUUACUUGAAAAAAACCCCACCAACUAUACAAAUAAAAAGAGUGUGUGCAAUAAACCUCAAAGGUAGGUAGACGGAUUUUAAAAGAAAUCUGUCUACCUAAAGUGGUAUGUUUAAAGUCCCGACCCACACAAUAAUGGACUUGGUCCGGUAUGCAACUUAUACAAGUGUGAUGUAGAAACUUGAAGCCACCAGUGCACAUACACUGAAAAUAACAUCUUGUGUCCAACAGGAAAUCUUUAAAUAUAAAAAGGAUUUGCAUAUUCAAA